UGACAUCAUAUAGCUCCACAACGUCCAGGGUUCUCACCAACCGUCGAUCGCUUCCCCCGAUACCUACUUAAGCCCUCUUGUCGGUAGAGCCUGACCGGGUCAACGUGUUCGCCGGAACUAUACUAGCCCAUAAUUGUCGCCUCUAGUCCUGCCUCGUGCUUACGAGCCGAAUAACGAAAAGUGAAAAAAAAAUUAGCAAAUACCACGACCAAUUGAUUUGCUAUGUGUGCAGCUUCAAACCGUCACCCUACGUUCAAGGCGAGCUUCGCCGAAAGAGCCAACAAUGCCACCCAUCCACUAGCCAAUUACCUCUUCCGUCUCAUGGAAUUGAAGAAGUCAAAUCUAUGUCUCAGCGCCGACGUGACCUCUGCCCGCGAACUUCUCACGAUAGCAGACAGAAUUGGCCCUUCCAUCGUUGUACUCAAGACGCAUUACGAUCUCGUCGCGGGAUGGGAUUUUCAUCCGCAAACAGGCACGGGUGCCAAGCUGGGUGCCCUUGCGAGAAGGCAUGGCUUCCUUAUCUUCGAGGACAGGAAAUUUGGCGACAUUGGCAGCACGGUUCAGUUACAGUAUACGGCUGGCAACGCCCGCAUUAUAGAUUGGGCACACAUCGUAAAUGUCAACAUGAUCCCUGGAAAGGCAGCUGUAACUGCACUCCAACAAGCAGCCGCGCGGUGGCGUUCACGUGUCAACUAUGAAGUGAGAACGUCCGUCUCCGUCGGUACCCCGGUCUCGGACUCAUUCGAUGAAGAGGAUGAAAACCCUACACCUGCGCCUCUGCCGUCAUCGAAGGAACUCCCACCUCCGUCAAACUUGCAUAAUAACGGCAGGAAAGGAAGCAUUGUAUCCAUCACGACCCUAACACAAUCUUUCGAGCCGGUAGACUCGCCUCGUUUUGCCAGCGGUAUUGCCGAGGGCGACGAGCUUGUAUACGCAGGGAUUGAAGAGCCCCCAUGGGAACGAGGGCUCUUGAUACUGGCACAGAUGUCGAGUGCGGGGAACCUCAUAACUAAGGAAUACACGCAAGCCUGCGUAGAAGCUGCCAGGGAGCAUAAAGACUUUGUAAUGGGUUUUAUCUCGCAGGAAACGCUGAACAGCGAACAGGCGGACGAUUUUAUUUCUAUGACACCCGGCUGCCAAUUGCCCCCCGAAGGAGACGAGGACGAUGGGAAUAUCGCAGGUGAUGGUCUCGGUCAGCAGUACAACACCCCUUCCAAGCUCGUUGGGCUAGGUGGUAGCGAUAUUGUAAUCGUUGGACGGGGUAUUCUCAAGGCGGCGUCUCCGCAAGUGGAGGCAGAACAAUACCGAAGAAAAGCGUGGAAGGCAUAUCAGACCCGAAUAGGGCAACAAUCAUGAGAGUAGACAGGCGUUUGGCGCCACGUGGAACUAUAUCAAGCAUGGAUGAAAUAUUUCGUCCCGGAGCCUGGAGUUCGUUCGGCUUUAUACAAGAUAAUUAUCAUUACGGAAAUCCGGCCGAUCAAAAAAAGAUUUUGGA